AUGUUUAAGUUAUUUGAUGAAAGACACCCAUACACCUACAACCUGGCUCAACAGACCGCAUUUAAAAAUGAAGAUUCUCAACAUACAAGACGACAUGACAAUAUGGCUGGAAUACCAACUAUAGAACUAUACUCACCAGAAGAAUACCGACCGCAUUGCUACGCAACCGUCUCCCCAUACCCCUGCAGAGCACCACUUGAUCCUCCCAUUUCUAUCUUCACCGAUCCAGCUGAGAAAAGGAUCAAGAAAUCUAAGUCAGAGAGCCGCAUACGGAAGAGCUUCUGGUCGAAGUUGAAGAAGAGCAAAAGUGAAAAUCAGCGUCCCCAUUCAGAAAUGCUGUCAGCGUACUCCAGAUCAGAUUUUCAACAGGGAGAGGCGAGCGUGAAACUUACCUGGUCCGACGAGCAUAAUAUGUGGACGUUUCCCAGUGCCCGCGCCAGCACCAGCCCCAGGCCUAGCAGCGAGCGAUACUCCUCUCCUCAAAAGGAGGGGUGGUCAGCUAGGGAUGUUGAAUAUCAAAAAAAAUACACGCUCCCUGCUUCCCAGGCCACGAAGGAAAGUGACAAACUUCUCUUUGCACAGAUACCUGGUCAUUAUCCUCUCAGCCUCUACGACUCUGUCAAUAAUAACGACUCUCUCCCAACCUACACAUGUGGUAGGAACUUCGGUGAUGUGGCUACCCGAACAGGAACUGAGAGCCAGUGGACUCUCGUGGCGAAGAGGGUCUGUGGAUCAGCUUCAGUGCGCUGA